AUCAUUACUUGACGCCACUGCAAUCCCAUUCCACCUCCUCCAGUCUUUAAUUUCAUAAAUAAAGUCUCCAUUAUCCACACCUUCUGACGCAAAUAUAUAUAUGAACAUGCGCGGUUAGCAAUUUCGAAAGACACACAACACACAAACGAAAAAUGGCGAACCGUAAUUCGUUCCUCCAGCCACGCCCAUUCCUUCUCCUCACCCUAUCCCUCAUCAUCAUCGCCAUUGCCGCCGCGUCGGUGGACGGAUCCGACGACGGAGCAUUCUCCCGGCCGCCGGCGCGGAACGUUCUCAUCACACCCCACGCCCGCGCCGAGUCCGAGCCGCAGCAGGUUCACGUCUCGUUGGCGGGGAAAGAUCACGUGAGGGUGACGUGGAUCACCGACGAUAAGCACGUGAGCUCGGUGGUGGAGUACGGGACGACGGAGGCAGGGCCGGCCGGAAAGUACGAGGCGACGGCGAGCGGAGAGCACACCAAGUACCGCUACUUCCUCUACGCCUCCGGGACGAUCCACCACGUGCGGAUUGGGCCGUUGAAGCCCAACACCGUCUAUUUCUACCGCUGCGGUGGGAUUGGGCCCGAGUUCUCGUUCAAGACCCCACCGGCAACUUUGCCCAUCGAAUUCGCCGUCGUCGGUGACCUAGGGCAAACCGAAUGGACCCAAUCAACCUUACAACACAUCAACGGCAGCGACUACGACGUGUUCCUGCUCCCCGGCGACCUCUCCUACGCCGACUCCCAGCAGCCGCUGUGGGACUCCUUCGGCCGCCUGGUGGAGCCCUACGCCAGCCGCCGCCCUUGGAUGGUCACCGAGGGCAACCACGAGGUCGAGUCCUUCCCCAUCAUCUUCCCGCACGGCUUCAAGGCCUACAACGCCCGCUGGCUCAUGCCCCACACAGAAAGCGGCUCCAGCUCCAACCUCUACUACUCCUUCGACGUCGCCUCCGGGCUCGUCCACGUCAUCAUGCUGGGAUCCUACACCGACUUCGACUCCCACUCCGAUCAGUACACGUGGCUCGCUGCCGACUUGGCCAAGAUAGACAGGAAGGCCACGCCCUGGGUCGUGGUGUUGCUGCACGCGCCGUGGUACAACACGAACGAGGCCCAUCAGGGGGAAGGCGAGAGCAUGCGGAGUGAAAUGGAGGAGCUCUUGUACGAUAAUCGGGUCGACGUCGUUUUCGCCGGCCACGUUCACGCUUAUGAAAGAUUCACGAGGGUAUACGAUAACAAAGCGGAUCCGUGUGGGCCGGUGCACGUGACGAUUGGGGACGGAGGCAACAGGGAAGGGCUGGCAUUAAGGUUUAAGAAAGAGGCGGUUUCGGCGCCGUUGUCGUUGUACCGGGAGCCGAGCUUUGGGCAUGGGAGGUUGAGGAUAGUGGACGAGAAGCGAGCUCACUGGUCGUGGCACCGGAAUAAUGACUCCAGUUCUGUGGUGGCGGAUGAGGUGUGGUUCAAUAGUUUGAGUGCGUCGGAAGAAUGUUGGCCGCGAAAGGGUGGAAACGUUGACGGCGGCGGGGGGCUAUCGGCGAGAGUUGGGCUGGAUGAGCUUUAAGCGGAUGGAAAUUGGUUUCAUGAUUUUAAGGAGUGAUAAUUAGUUGUACUAAUUUCUUUUUAUAAGAGUGGAGCAACAAUAGAAAGGAAAUGGGAGGGAUGAUUUUUCUGGUAGAUUCCGAGUACUAGAAAGUUUGGAUUCUGAAUUGUGGAAUUUGACUAUAUUUAUUUUUCCUAUCUAUGGGAG